AUUGGAAUUCCUCGGUGAUGCUGUUCUCGGUUACAUCAUCACUGUGUAUUUGUACCGUACACACGUUGAUUUCGAUCCAGGGAGGCUGACCGAAUCGCGCGCUAACAUCGUAAGCAACAACAGUCUAGCGUGUGCUGUAGUGGAGCACAAAAUUCAUCGGUUCAUUUACCACUCCCAACCCUCUUUCGACGCGGCCGUCUCCUACCUCAACUUCAUAUUGGAGCGCACCACUUGUUUUGCAGAACAGUUGGAGGUGAGUUUCCUACGGGUGUUUCCUUGGAACGCUCUUCCUUAG